AUGUCAGGUUUUAAGAGAGGUGACAGAAUAUCAUCUUUAGGAAAUACAAAUACUCCCAGCGGAAUGAUGUCUAAUAAAAGAGGAUUGUAUGGAAAUACUGGAAAUAUCCUACCAAACAAUAACAAUAAUAUUAACAACAACGGCAAUAAUAAUAGUAAUAAUAUCAACAAUACAAGCAUAAAUACUUCAGCGAUAAAACAAGAAUUAUUAGAUGAACAAAAGGCAGAGAUAAAAGAAGCAUUUGAAUUAUUUGAUAUGAAUGCAGAUGGAUGUUUAGAUUAUCAUGAAUUGAAAGUAGCUUUUAGAGCUUUAGGAUUUGAUUUAACUAAACGUCAAGUAUUGGAUAUUAUUCAUGAAUAUGAUACUGAAGAUACUAAUUUAAUAACGUAUGAUAAUUUUUUUAAAACAGUUGGAGAAAUGAUUAUAAAAAGAGAUCCAUUAGAAGAAAUCCGCCGUGCGUUUAGAUUAUUUGAUAUUGAUGGAACUGGUAAAAUCAGUGUAAGAAAUCUCAGAAAGAUUUCAAGAGAUCUCGGAGAAAAUCUAAGUGAAGAGGAAUUACAAGCAAUGAUUGAUGAAUUUGAUUUAGAUGAAGAUGGAGAAAGUAUGUAUUGUUUUAGUCAAUUCGAUCCUGUCAAACAAAGUUACUAA